CGGCCAGCUGUUAAGGUUAAUGAUAUACUAAGAUGCACACCGAGUUAGUUUGGUGGCUUUAAACGGGAUUGAGAAGUUCGAGUACCUUUAUAAGAUAUCAGGCGCAGUCACACCAUAGCAAGACGAAUAGCGUGGCAUAGAUAGCAUACACUUUCCUCACCACACUAUCACGAUGGCGUCGAUAGGAGACGAUUGUCGAUACUACUUCUUCACAAAGUCAUGUCCCAAGGGCAAGCACUGCCCCCAGCGACACUGCGAGAAGGCCAAGUCAUCGGAAGUGAUCUGUGAGCCCUGGCGCAAGGGCUAUUGCUACAAAGACCAGUGUCCGCACCUGCACCAUAUCCCAGAGUACGAUGGCACGUUCUGCUACUGGGAAACGACCGACGAUGGUUGCGAUGCCCCGGAAUGCCGCUUUCGCCACCGCGACCGAAAGAAAUGGCGCCAAGCGGUUAAGGACAAGGCCACUCAGCGCAGCCAAAUGGCGCCACCACCCGUUCACAAGACCUACUCCAUCCGUCCCGGAAACGGCCCGGAAUACAUGUCAGUAGGUAGACGGGAGGAGUACACGCACCCGCCCAUGGGUGGGUUUGCCAGAGGUGGGCCUGGGGCUAUAGGGCGUGAGAGAGACCCCUACGCACCGUUUGACGAGUCUUAUCACGAUGGCUAUCCCGUUGGCCCAGGCCAAGGGGGCCGUUUGCCCCCGCCCGCAUUCGCGCGCGACAGAGAGGCCAGAGAGCGAGAUGGUGUAGGUAUGGGUAUGCGGGAACGCGGCCCGUUGCGCGACGACGACAGGGAACGCCGAGACGAGCGCCGCGGGCUGCGCGCCGCGGACAGAGAGCGCGAGAGGCUUGACAGGGGCGCGCGCGGUCGCCGAAGCGAGCGCGAGCUCAGUCGAGAAGGGCCACCGAGUGAGCGCAUGCGCAUGCGCAUGAGCGAUAGGGAACGCGGCAUGCCGCCGACAGCACGCUUCGGGGCAGAGGACAGGCGCGCCAUGUCACCACUGCCCGUGCGCGCAGCACACAGAGGCCAGCAGCGCAUGUCGGUGCAUGAGCGAUUGGGCCCACCAGUGUCCCGGAAUGGACCGGAGUUUCAAAGCGGGAUGAUGGGGGGCAUCCCUCCCGGGUUCCCUCCCCACGCACCGCCACAGCGUAUGGAGAGCUACGAUGACUCACUGCGGAGCUAUGAAAAGCGUAGAGACGACUACGACGACGUGGAAUUCCGGGACGAACCGGGACAGAUGUUACGGUCGGGCGUAUCGCGUGUGCACAUCAACCCGAACUUCGGAGGCCCUCGCCCCCCACCCGGGGGCCCAGGCAUGCACCCGCGCACACACCCGUCAGCGUACGCAGACGAUGUGUACAACAUGGACAGAGACGACGGCGACUGGGAGCACAGCUACUACGAACACGACCGGCCACCCCGCGGGUCUAUACACAGAGACAGACAGGCAGAGAGAGGGGUUGUUGGGCGUAUACGAGGGCCACGGGCACACGCACCCCAUCCCACCGCACCCCUCAGCCCACCACACGCGCGGGGCAUGAACGGCCCACGCGGCAGAGGACCUGCGCCAAUGAGAGGGCGAGGCGGAGGGUUUAUGGGGCCACAGAGACCCCUGCCUAUGGGGCCCAUGGGGGGUCUGGCAAGACCGUCUUUGCUGCCGCUGCCACCACCUGAGCAUCGCGUGGGCGGGCAUAUUAAUGGGUAUGUGAAACCGGGGAGGGGUGCGAGAGCCAAGCCAGGCAGGGGAGGCAAAAUGGGGGGCAAAGUCAACAAGGCAAAACCUGUGCAGAAGGGCGUCAAGCGCAAACUAGGAGACGCAGGUGCCACUCAGAAGGCCACGAAUAAGAGAGUGGCCAAGGCAAACGGACAGGUCGAUAAGCAGACGACUGGGGGGGGGCACGCAGAGGACACUGCACACGACCAGAGCCAGCCAGCCGACGGACACAGCACACACACCCAUGCGCACGAGCACAUGGCAGACGACACCCGCGAUGCAGCGGAGACGGAGCGACGCGAAGGCGACGGCGAAGGGCUGGCGAUGCGCAGUCGAACGAAUACAAUGGGCACAACCGGGUCAAAGAGAAACGACUCAGACGACAUGGACGACAGCGACGACGACAUGGGCGACGACAGCAACAGGGGUGCGCGAUCGUUCAGGAAUAGCAAUCGCAAGAGAGUCAAGACCACGCCGUCACCCACGCCAGAUGCCUAUGCCGCGGAGGUGGCGGGGGAGGAGGAGAUCGAAUGAGGCUAUAGUAAAUUAGACUAAAUAAAUAUAUGUGUGGAGUGGCGGAGACUAUAUGGACAUCGAAUAAGGCUAUAGUAAAUUAGACUAAAUAAAUAUAU